CAGGACUCUGCCCUGGGCCUGGAGACAGAGCUGUGGAACGUGUUAGCUUCAGAAGAUCUGGUGCCACCCACACCGUUGGCCAGGAAGUGGGGAGCCGGCACACCAGACCUGACUCAGCACCUUCCACACUGGGCUAAGGGAACCAGCAGGUUUGACUGGCGAGCCAGGCUCAGAAGCAUCCAGAAUACAGUGGGUGACUGGACAACCAGGGCCGUCUGCAGGUUGAUCGGUCACUGGAUAGGCCCUGACCCCUGCACAGCCUAGGACACCGAGGCAUCAGCCAAGGCCCUUUCCGUCUGCAUACGAGAGCCAUGGCACAAGACCACCAGGGCUUUUCAAGGAUGAACGGGGUGCAGUGAUGGUUUAGGAUAUGUCCAGCCUCCUACAAGCACUCCCUCCCCCGGGGACAACAGAAGUCCGCAGGGCAGAAUUGAGCCAGUAGGGGCUGGGCCCUGCUCUCUGUGUCCCCGUGGGGCAUUCCUUUCCUCCAGCCCGCCCUCCCUGCCCCCACCCUGCCCUGGGCUGGCUGGGCUCCAGCCAGCAGCCACAGCAUCAAUAUUUCAUCCCCGUCAAUAAGAGGCAGCGGCAGCAGAGGCAGCCCUCCAGUUCGUAGCUUGCAGCAGCCAGGUCUCAUCCUCACAACCACCAUGGACGUCUUCAAGAAAGGCUUCUCCAUUGCCAGGGAAGGCGUUGUGGGUGCUGUGGAGAAGACCAAGCAGGGGGUGACCGAGGCAGCUGAGAAGACCAAGGAAGGGGUCAUGUAUGUGGGCACCAAAACCAAGGAGAACGUGGUACAAAGUGUAACCUCGGUGGCUGAGAAGACCAAGGAGCAGGCCAAUGCCGUGAGUGAAGCUGUGGUCAGCAGCGUCAACACAGUGGCCACCAAGACCGUGGAGGAGGCAGAAAACAUCGUGGUCACCACCGGCGUAGUACGCAAGGAGGACUUGGAACCCCCUGCACAGGACCAGGAGGCCAAAGAGCAAGAGGAGGGCGAAGAGGUAAGAACUGGGUUCCCUGUCGUAGGGACCUGAGACAUAGAGUCCAUGCUUUCAUUUUUGGGUCCCGGAAGACCUUACCGCAGCUUCCCAUGGGGACGUGGGUAGGGCAGUCAGGAGCCUAAGUGCCUGAUCGCUCUAUAAGUGGCCAUUUCCAGGUGGUCACGGAGAGUUGUGGGCCUGGGAAUGGGUGCAAGUCUCUUUCCCGCCCUCCUUCCCGCCCUUCCCCCUCCUCUGCCAGGCCAAGAGUGGAGGAGACUAGAAGGCUUCCAGUCAACCACAGAGGCUCAAGGGACACCUCUCUGUCUUGGACCCUGUCCCAAGCUGGCACACUGAGUGCCCUGCCUAGAGUGCCCUGCAGGUUGCCCACAUUCUCCACUCCCUAGCCCAGUGCCACAAGCCUAUCCAAGCACGCAUGCACGCUACUGACAGCGCCAGCGCCCCCUGCUGGCUCAUUUUACCCUAUGGUCCUUCGGAUCACCAACCAGACGCUGCUGUGAAUUUUUUCUUUUUUUAAUGAUUCCAAAUAAAACCUGAGUCCUAAUCCA